AUGAGCCGAUUGAUUGUUAAAGGAUUGCCAUCGAAUUGUACUGAGGAAAAAUUGCGGAAUCAUUUCAAAAGUUUUGGAAAAAUCACUGACUGCUCAUUGAAAUACACGAAAGAUGGAAAGUUCCGUCGUUUUGCAUUUGUUGGAUUUGAAACAGAUGAAAAUGCUCAGAAAGCACAUGAAAAUCUACAUAAUACAUUUAUGGGAGCAUCACGAUUGACGGUAGAAGAGUGUAAGCCAUUCGGUGACGAGACAAAACCAAGGGCAUGGAGUAAAUAUGCGAAAGAGAGCAGUGCUUACAAACGUUUGCAUCCUAAAGAAGAAAAGGAUAAAUCGGAGGGAACCGUUUCAGUAAAGAGCAGUUCACCUUCGGCCAAGAAAAUGAGAAACGGAAACGAUAAAGAAUUUUAUGAUUUCGUCGAAAUGCAAAAGGGUGCACUGCCAAUUGCAAGUAGCAGUAAUGAUGAAAGUAGCAGCAGUAGCCUAAUGGAGGAGUUACUCUCUGGAAUCAGUGGUAAAUUUUUGAAAUGA